AUCCACAAAAUAGAUGAAUCAAACGAUCAAAAUAGAGAAUCUCUCCUCCUAUGCCUGCAAUUUGUUCAAUUCUCCGAACAAAAUGAAUUGCUUUGCGGGAAAGUCUUUCUCUAACUUCUUUCCAUUCAAAUCUCUCUGCAACCACACCACUUUCCUUCCUGUAUAUGCAUACUUUCUCAACAACCAAACAGAGCCAAGGAUUUAGGUUUCUGUAGAUGUUUUUGUUAACAGGAAACUUUCUGGACAGAAGCUUUCCUGUAGCAAACGAAAAGUUUGAAAACAAUACUGUGUUAGUGCCAAAGGAAACAUCCUGGUUCGGGUUUUGUCCAGAUGGGGCACUCAGACCAGUUUUGCCCCCCCAACAGACAAAGCUUUACAUUGAGGACUGGAUUGGCUUGAAGAACUUGGAAAGAGCUGGGAAAGUCAAGUACAUCAGUGUGCCCUGAAAUCAUAUUAAAAGCUCCAAAAAUGAUAUGAUAAAAGCAUAUCAAAGAGGGUCGACGAGGUUCAAAAGUUCAGUAAACAAAGGUUGUGGGUCGUACACAUCAGCUGAAGUGAUAAUUGAAGGAUCAACAUCUUUAUGCAUGUUCUUUUUUUUCAUAAUUUUUUUUGGGUUCUGCAAGAGGGUAGAUUACCACAUAUACAUUCUUCAUUUCUCUUUCAUUUAAAUUAUUAUGGGGAGUUAUUAUACACAUCAAUUUGAAAUUUUAAUUAUCUGCCUGCUGUUCAGUAGUUGUGCUUCCGUGCCUCUAGUUGGUUUAGCUCCAUGAUUUUUUUUUUUUUUCUUUGAGAAAAUUAUCACAGCCUGAUUUAUUUAUUUUAAUACUCUAUAUUUAGUUUCAAGGCUUUUGGGUUCUGUGUUUUUCAAAUGAACAUGUCAUUACUAUGACGCAGGUAUGAGAUAUAAUUAGAAUUUUCUUUUCAACUACCAUUUUUUUUUUUUUAAUAAUUAUUUCCAGUAAUUUUCUUUACUAGUAAAUCAUUUUGCUGCUCGAGUUAUUUUAAAUUUUUUAUGUGCGAUCCUUCAAUUAUUAAAUUAUCCAUAUUUCUGAGUUAGAUAAUUGUGUGGAUUCAAAGUCUCAACCGUGGAAACAAACAAAUGAGAUAAAAUUGCAAUUAAAAAAAGGAGGCAUAGCUAUAACACAGAAGAUAAAAAGGCACGUUCAUAAUAGAUAAUAGCAAUAUUCCAUCAUCAACAAAAGCAUAGUCACCACGACAGACUCACUGCAUAAUAAACAACCAGCACAUGAAAAGAAAGCUUGGGGUUGAUCCCAAAAACACACACAAAGGGCUUAACAGAAGGGAAGCACAAAAGAAAAGAGAAAAAAAAACACAAAUACUCGGGGCAUUAAAUUCAGUAGUAGAUAAGAUAAGAGGUGAUGAAUUCUCAAGCGAUCUUGACCUCGAUUGUCUUGGGCUUCUUGGGCUGAGGAGGAGGCAACUUCUCUACAGUCACAGUCAGCACACCGUCCUGACAAACAGCAGAGAUGUCAUCAGUAUUAGCAUUCUCAGGCAACACAAACUUCCUCAUCAACUUCCCAACCCUCC